AUGCGGCCACAGCCGCUGCCCCACGUCUCUUCAGGGGUCCGGUCACCGCCUCUACUCCUUCGGCCCAAGUCACGGAUGGCGGUGCUGCGCGCUGGGCACCGGGAGCCGAGGGGCGUUAGUACAGAUCCGCCUCCCCGUCGUCUACAGGCACGCCUGGCGUCUUCCGAACGCGUUCUGCCAAUCGCCCCUUCACUCUCUUUUCAAGUUCAGCUCAGGUGCAGCGUGACAGUUACGGAGCCCGGGAGCUGGCGGCCGCCGCCGCCGCCGCCGCGGCAGCAGCGUCUGCCUCCGCGCAGAAUGCGCCUCGCCCGCGGUACAUACCUGGCAAAGUGCGCGCCGGGGCUGAGUUGCAUGGACUUUCUCCUCGUCGUGCACCCGGAAAGGAAAAAGCCGAGAGAGCAGCUCGCUAGCAGCCGAAUCCCAGGCGCCCAGAGCACAAAUGCAGCUCAAGCGAGCUCUCCCCCUUCCCCCAUCCCCCCGUGCUUCUCUCCUCCUUUUCACCUUCCAAACGCCAGGCGCAGGCGAGCCGAGCUGCAGCAACAAGUUCAAAAGGUUCUGAGAGGCGUCUCCUGCCUUUCCCUCUGCUUGACCUUUCUCCCACCCCGCCCCCUCGGGCUCCUGCGCUCCACCCCAGCCACCCACCAGCCCCGGCGCAAAAUGUCACCGAAGGAGAGCGUCCAGGUGGAUCUGCCGGGGAGGAGAGCGAGCCUGGUGGAACAAAGGGAAGCUUCACGCGCUCGGCUGCGGCGGUUCGAUGAAGGAGAGGAGCGCGGGCACCGGUGCCUGGCUUCCGCCUCCCUGGGACCUGGUUCAACGCGAGCGUGGGAAAAAAGGGAAACAGAGAGAGAGGCUGGGAAGGAGGGUGAGCCGAGCGGAACGCGCAGGAAUUGGUUGUCUUCUGGGGGCUACUGGGUGACAAGACCUGCAAAACCCCGCGGCGGAAUUUUUAAGUUGCAUUUCCGUCUCUUUAUUUGUGCAAACCAGAUGUUAACGUUGCAGGCGUUAAUAUGUCAUCUAGCCAACUUGCCGAAAAGUCAGGCAGUCUCCUUGCUCCAGGUCUCGCCGCAACUCCUUUUCGCGUCCUCUGAGAAUGACAGGAAGGAUUUAGAUCCCUUUUCUGAAUGUCAGCAUCUAGAGACGUAAGUGUCUGUGUGAGCGUCCCCUUCACUCUCUCUGCCAUAUCUGCGCAUAUCUAAAAUGGUUAAAGUAGUUAAAGGUGUCAGUGUGAGGCGUAAGUGAUAUGAUGUGAGACUAGGUAACUGUCGCGGCCAACCGUUUUGUUUUUCGUGUACCCCGCCCCCCAGUCAUUAAGAAUCUUCCUAAAAACCAACCAGUUACCUUUAUAGCCACUAGAUGGCGUGAGUGGAGAGAAGUUAAAUCUACACCGAAGGUUCGGAUGCUUUAGAAAGGUGAAGGAUCAACAAACUGACCCGAGAGAUCUAUCACAUAAAUAUCCUCAAAUCCCCCACACCCCACCCACCUUUAGAGGAUUUAUAUGAGAGUAACUACUUAGGCUUGAGCCUGCAUUUUGAUGCAGGAAUGAGAUGUGGAGUUUCCCGUUGAAAUACCUCUUAAAAUUAAAUUUAGAUUACUGAAUAGUAAUAAUGACAUUAAUAAUAAUAGUAAUAAUGAAGGCCAUAGGAAAUACUGAAGCUUCAUCUGUGUUGUUUAAGGAGCGAAGGCUAACUUCUGUCUGAAAUGACCUUUUUCAGGCUUUGUUUGACUGUUCACUUGGUUUGUAAAGGAAGUGGACUGUGAUGUAUUCUUGAAUUGACUUUCAGGCUUUAGAGACCUUAGACAGGAUGGGUUAACCUUAAAAGUCUGAAAUGUAAUACCUCGAUAAAAGAUAGGAACUGAAAAAACAGAGUAUACAGUAAAUGACCAGAGAAGGAGAAAAACGAACCUCACGAUGUACAGGAUUUUCUGUAGAGAUGGAAAGGUAUUUUUUAAUUUACUUGUUUACUGCUGUAGAGGUUUAGGGAAUCCCAUGUUAGUAGUUAAUAAAGUCGGGGCUAAUGCACCAUGUAAGUUUAGAAAUAGAACUGAAGACACCUGCUGUUUAUCUGUUUGUAUUACUUGAAUUGAAAGAUGCUUGUAACAAUAACCUGCAUACCUGAAAAACAAACACUUUAACUGGAAAAGAAAAAGAAAUAAGGGGACUAUUUAAUUAUUACUGUAAAAAAUUAACCCUUUCCUAAUCUGAACAGUAAGGUACCAUCAUAACAGGUGCAUCCAGAGAGUGGAGAGCCAUGAAUAUUCAAUUGAUGCCAAAGUGGUGUGCCAUCCUGUAGAGAUGGGGCAAGUGACCUAAAUAGAGCCUUUAAAACUUCCCUGCAGGAAACCUAACACAAAUAUAAACUUAGGGGUUUAACUGCACAAAAACCCCUAGAUAAGCAAGAAUAUAAAGUCUUCGAUUUUAAGGUUUUAUGAUCUGCUCUCCCUCACUCUCUGCAAGCUUCUUGAUAGAGUGGAAAGAAUGUGGGCUUAGAAGUUAAACACAUCUAGAUUCACAUUCUAGCCCAAGAAAUUACUCAGACUAUGUUUCCAUUGGCAAAUUACUUUACCUUUUUUUAGAAAUUAUGGAUGAUAAAACUUUUUACUCCUUACUGUGAAGAGUAAAAGGAAAAUUCUUCUGAACACUGAUGUGGAAGUCAGCAUACACAGAGGGUACUCAAUAUCAAUUUCUUUUUACUUUAAUGCACAGUGGAAAUUUAUAUCAUUAUAUCCAGCCUGUAUUUGAAAUUCUCACAGAUUUUUUUUAUGUUGACUUUUGCCACUAAGUUCAGGAGUCCCCUUGUCAUGAUAUGCUGGUGACCCUGAUUUUUUAAUACUCAUUCCUGCAUUGAAAUAAUGUUAUGUACACAAAAUCCAGCAUAACACUCUAUAUGCUUCCGUUGCCCCAGGUUCCUGUUCUUCCUUCUCAUAUUCUCAUUUAACAUAUUCUGCUUGGUGC